UGUACCUCUAUUCCUUCUCUACGGUUAUACGACCCAACAACUCUCCGAUAUAGGCUUCCAAAGAUAUACAGAUAUACACCCCACUCCCCUCUCCAACGCAAUGGCCGAAGAAUCCAAAUCACGCCCUACCUCGGAGACCGUCACCUCUCCCUCCAGCCAACCAACAGACGCCCAAGGCCAACUCACCGCAGCAGUCGACGACCUCCUCGACCAACUCCAACACAAAUUCGACAACGUGUCUCGCGACAUGUUCGGCAAGUUGGACGACAUGGCCCGGAGACUCGACGAGCUGGAGGCCUCGUUAACCAUUGCGGGGGAUACGGCGUCGCCGGGGGCGGGGAGUCCGAAGAAGUGAAUGGAUAAACCGUGGAUGUGUUUGGGACUGACUUAAUCAGUCGGUCUGCACUAGACGGAGCUGGGGAGGUUGUCCAAUCGGAUGUUUGGUGGAUGAUCUGAUGUAUUGUCGCUGUUGCUGCUCGCGCAGUGUUCC